UGCAGGGCUGGAUAGAUGAGGGUAUAAAGACAAGCAGGGAGCUGUGGCUGUCUUUACCGUCACUGCCUUAUAGUCACCAUGUCUUUCUCAGGGAAAUACCAGCUGGAGACACAUGAGAACUUUGAGCCUUUCAUGAAGGCUAUUGGUAAGUCUUGCUGUUGUGUUUGUACAUUUGUGAUGUGAUUAGACUUGGGGUGUUAAUUUCAGAAGUUGUAGUCCUUUCAGUAAUGAUGUUCAAUGGUGACUGCUGAUACAGCGGUUACUCCUGAGUAACAAACUCAGCUAGCACCUUAAAAAUGUUUUAUAUAUUUUUUUUAGGUUACAGGGAGUUUGAGAACAUUGUUACUAUGGUUCCCAGAGUUUUGUUGGGAGGCUUUUAAUGUUUUGAGAACAUGACUUUAAAUAGAACCAAGAAUGUACAAAGAACAUUAUAUUGAGGUACUGAAAUUCCCACAGGAGAAUUUUAAGCUUUGCUGAACAAUUUGAGAACAUUCCCAAUGUCAAAUGAACUGAACAUUACCUUAAAUUAAAGGUUUGAACUUUCAGGAAACGUUCUGAUAAAGUAAUGUCAAGAAAAUAAAAUUUUUGUCGAGUUCCUUAAAUGUGCUGAAUGUUCUAAAGCCAGGCAACUCUCCUGCACCACUGCCAGAAAGUUGUGGGAAGGUUGUAUGCAAAAUAGUCAGACAACCACGCUCUACGGAACAUAUGGUUCUCAGAAUGUUAGUUGCUAGCUGGAAAUGCAUUCAAUGUUUGCAUUCAGUAUAUUUUAUUGCCAUAUUAUAUUGCGUUUUGCUGAAGUAGUAAUAAUUCAGUGUUCAUGUCCCACUUUACCAAUUUUUUGUAGUACUAAAGAGCACAGUUCAUGACUCUCCCUCAUACAUGUAGGUCUCACUGAUGAGCUUAUUCAGAAGGGCAAAGACAUCAAGAGCAUCUCUGAGAUUGAGGAGACUGGGGACCACUUCAAGGUGACUGUCACCACGGGGACAAAGGUCCUCACCAACUGCUUCACCAUUGGCCAGGAGGCAGAGCUCGAGACUCUGACCGGGGAGAAAGUCAAGGUGGGUGGCGCAUGUUGCAACCCAACCAUGAGAUUCUUACAUGUAGCCUAGAUCUAUCCAUCUCCCUACAAAUACAGCCAGUAUCUAACUAAACUGAGUUCAGCUGAUGUGGGAUGACGAUGAUUAGUUACUUCAGGUCCCAGUGAUGAUGGUUUAGUAGUUGCAGUAUAUCCACAUCCAACAGCAGUCAAGUUCCCUUCCCCUGACAUUCUUUGGCAGAGACUCUGCUCUCCAGAGUGACUGGGCUCACAAUUUUAACUUUAUCAGUUUACAUCGCAUAACCAACUAGCACACUUUCAAAUGGCCAUCCAAAUUAGACCCUGUUAAAUUGGGCCUAGUUGAUUGUGGUUGGUGACCACUGCUUUCAGAUUUAACAUUUGACCUCUACUGUUUUCCAGUCUAUGGUGAUGAGAGAAGGUAACAAGCUGAAGGUCUCCCUGAAGGGGAUCGAAUCUGUCACAGAACUGGCAGAUGCAAACACCAUUGUCAACGUGAGUCUGGGGCAUAUGGCUGGGGGGGGUUCACUGAACUACACUAUUUUUGGUUUCAUUUAUAUAGUAAUAAUUAAAUGUAUCUACUAGAUGCUCUUUCUAUUUUCAGACCAUGACUGUAGCUGGCAUCACAUACAAGAGGAUCAGCAAACGAAUUUGAUCUACUGUGCUGUUUUGCUUAAUAAAAUGUGAAAGGCAUGGAA